UAAGACCAACCAGGCUCUUUUGUUCUGCAGCGGCCGGGCGGUGAGAGGUUUCCCACCGGACGCUCAUCUCCUCCCCACCCACUGCCGGCCCAUUGAAACCCUCAGCUGCCGCAGAUCACAAUGCAAAACAGCGAUGUCCUUGUAGCUGAACGCACUCUUGUUCCUGGUGCCCAAUGGAGCCAUCUCACAGGUGGCAUGUCGACAGGGGUGAUGGGCAUCCGGCGGAGCUGCAGGCAAAGGCUCGGGUACUGGUGCCAGGCGGGAGUAGUUGGUCAAGAGCAGAAAACCAUGGCGGCAUCGGGCUUGAGAACCAGGUGAUAGAAACCUCCCCCCCAGUCCCUUGGGCUCACUAUAUGCCGACCCCUGUCAGCAAUGACACCCCCCAGAACCAUAUGGCUCUAGACGACAGGCCUUCCCACCCUGAAAUCUACAGCAUUGCCCUAUGGGGGCCAAAACUGCAUUCAGCACUGACCAGACACAGAGGGGGGAGGUCCAAUGCGCAGGCCUCAGCUCCUAAUUCCAAGCAUCUUGGACAACCUGGAGAGGGCGAUGCCACCGACGAGGGCUCCCUGGUGUUGAUCGAUGCUGAAGGAGUGCCCCACACGGUGUCGCAGCAAGAGGUGGAGCUGGCUGGGCAGAUGCAAUCCUCUGAGCCGGAGCUCUUAGCUUCCGCCCCACCACCACGGCAGCUAUACUUCUGCCCCAUUUGCCUACGGACAUUCCUGUACCAGUCGGACCUGGAGCGCCACAGCAUCACCCACUCGGAGAGCAAGCCGUACGUGUGCCGGGAGUGCGGCAAGGCCUUCAAACGCUCCUCGCACCUUCAGCGGCACAAGCACAUCCAUACUGGCGAACGGCCCUUCAGCUGCCCGGUCUGCCACAAGGGCUUCCGGGAAUCCGGCGAGCUCUUGCGCCACCAGCGAGUCCACACAGGGGAGAAGCCCUACCAGUGCCAGAUUUGCCGGCUGCGCUUCACGGAACGCAACACCCUCCGUCGGCACGCCAAGCGCAAGCAUGCCCGCGAGACCUACUACCAGCGCUCCGUUGAGGAGGGUGGCGGCAGCUGGACUACAGCAGGGGACUGGGAAUCUGAAGUGGUGGCGGGAAGCGGUGACUGGGGGACCGAGGAGCUUCGAAGUGGCUGGGCCAAUGAAGCAGUGGAGGACUGGGUUGGGGACGGCAGCCACUGGGGGGAAGCAGCAGAAGGUGGGACAGGAAGCACUCCUGUAACCAUGUCACACAUAGCAGAGACAGAACACAUCAAGGACACAGACAAACCUGGGAUCCAACCCCCAUAAAUAUGCAAAAGCUGGGGGAAACCCAGGGCAGAAGAGGACUGGAAAACGAACUUUGCCUUGCAAUUAUCUGUAGGGAACUUAAACCUAUCUAAUUGCAUUGAGACUUUUUCUCUCAAGGAAGGGCACAAGACUUAAAGAUGGGACCUGCUCCGAAAACUGCUAGAAUGUUAUGGCCCUUGAAAUAUCAAUGCAUGGAUAUCGCCAAAGACUGGGGAUGCUAUUGGUGGACUGGGAAUCAUGGCUGUCCCUUCUUUUCAACAACCGCAUCAUGAUAUUCAGAGCUGUGGAGGGAUUGGAGGAGCGUCGUCAUGUGUAAAACUCUGUAACAGGGUGGACCAAAUAACACUGGGAAUUUUGUUCUCUGAGUAUCUUGUGGUUUCCCAGAGGAAUGGUUGCUGGGAGACUUGUGUUCCUCUCACAAUUGUACCAAACCAAAACGUUGAAACA